UCAACAUUAUUUUAAGUAUUCAAACCUAGAAAAAUGUUUUAUCAUAUAUCUUUGGAACAUGAGAUAUUGCUACAUCCCCAAUAUUUUGGGCCACAACUACUGGAAAAAGUGAAAACAAAACUAUAUACUGAAGUGGAAGGUACCUGCACAGGAAAAUAUGGUUUUGUAAUAGCUGUUACAACCAUUGACAGUAUAGGAGCAGGCCUAAUACUUCCUGGUCAAGGAUUUGUAGUGUAUCCUGUCAAGUACAAAGCUAUUGUUUUUCGUCCAUUCAAAGGUGAAGUUCUAGAUGCAGUUGUUAGACAAGUAAAUAAAGUUGGUAUGUUUGCUGAAAUUGGACCACUAUCUUGUUUCAUUUCUCAUCAUUCCAUACCUGCUGAAAUGGAGUUUUGUCCAAAUGUGAAUCCUCAGUGUUACAAAACCAAAGAUGAAGAUGUAGUUAUACAUGCAGAGGGAGAAAUAAGGCUGAAGAUUGUUGGUACAAGAGUGGAUGCAUCUGGAAUUUUUGCUAUUGGAACUUUGAUGGAUGACUAUCUGGGACUUAUAAGUAACUGAUGAGAUGUCAGAUUAUAACUCAUAAUUUAUAAAUAUAACAUAGGUUUUUUAACACUCUUGUUUCAUUGAAGGAGCAAUGCAAAGGAGAGGUAUGGAAAAUGCAAAGUGAACCUUAAUUUGGUAUUAUUUUUUUAUUAAGCAUAAUUAUUAGUUAAAAGUAGGUAAAUGACAUUAUUGUAUUGAAUUCUUACAACUAAAAGUGAAAUCUGUUAUGUAAAAUCACCUCAUUCAUUGAUCAAAUUUCAAGCACAACUCAAGAAGUGACUGAAAACCAAUCUUAAUGUAUUGAUUCCAAACCAUCAGUAAUACCUACAUAAUAUCAUGUCAAAGCUCCGAAAAUAUUAGGAUUUGGGUGACUACUACACAUUAUUUAGUACUCUUAUGCCACUAACUAUAACUUUUCACAAUAAAUUCAUUUUGAUACCAAAUAAUUCAUCACAGAAGCUAGUAGAAUGAUAAAUUUGGAAUGAUGUUGUUCCCUCAUUGGAAAAAAUUCAACUUGAACAUUUGUUGGUUGAGACUGUACAAAUUGUACUUGAGCUCUCCUAGGAAACACCAAUAUAGACAACAUCAUUUGAAAACCAUCAAAUGAACAAGCCAUUGAAGGGGCAUAAUUCGAAAUCAUACAAGUUCUGAGAUAUAAAUAGAAAAUUAUAACAGUAUAUGAAUUAUGGAAAAAUUAUGUCCAUUCAUGGCUUCCAGAAAUGCGUCUUUUGGGAACAAUAUUUUCCAAAAAUGGUCUACAGCAUAAGCACAUAUCCCAUUUCCAAUCAUCCUUAUAGUUUAUACAAAGGCAGCACCAGGCGGUUGUUUCUUUUUUUAUACAGGGUGUCCCA